UUCUUCCUAAGCAGCCGUGUCUGCAGCAUUAGUGACAGACGCGCCGUGGCAAGGCGUUAGGGGAAUAAUUGUUUUAUCAGUUAAUCAGAGGAAUAAUGGAGCACGUGUAUUGUGUGAAUGAUAUACGAUCCGACCAGAGAGAUAAUACUGGAGAAACCACCAUUGUUCCCCGGCCCAACACGCCAGAGCCGCCGCAGAACACAACCAUGGACACCAGUGAGGCCACAAGAGUUACCAUCAAGGAAGGCAACAUCCAGUUUCAAGGAUCAGCUGAUGUGUCUGAUGUGUGUGAGAAACCUCCUUCGAAGGGAGAUGAGGUGCUCGCUAAUGAGAUCAUUAAUGGAAGUACGGCAGAGGCAGAGUUAGCCAGUGACGCCUCCGUGAGCCAGGGAAUCAACACUCCAUCUGAGCUGACCGAAGGCACAGAACUUCCAACCACAGCCAGCAGUGAGGAGAAGCCACAAGGCGACACCCCAGCAGCCACAGAAAUCAGUAACACCCCAGCACCAGGAGACACUAGCAACACCCCAGCAGGAGACACCAGCACCUCAAUGGCCGCGGAUAUAGCUCUAGUGGCUCUGUCCAGUGAUCAGUCAACCCGUCAGGUGCGGGCCUUGUACGACUUUGAUGCCCAGCCCGGGACUGGUGAACUCAGCAUUAAGGAGGGAGAGAUCCUGACUGUAUCACGGCAGGAUGUUGGUGAAGGAUGGUGGGAAGGAACAAAUAGCCAGGGACAGGCGGGUCUCUUCCCUGCAGCUUAUGUUGAGGUACAUGAUUCAUCAGCCCCUCCCCCAAACAUGCCUCCUCCUCCUCUUCCCACCGAGUAUGCAAACUUAGGCAACGACUGGACAGAUGUCAGAACCAGCGUGGACUGGAGCAGCCAGAACAAUACCUUCACGGGGGGUCAAACACAGAACGCACAGAACGCACAGAGGCAGUCCCUACCACAGCAGCUGAGCUACGAUAAUGAUGAAUGGGAUGACGACUGGGAUGACGAUGACUCUGAGCCAGGUUCCAGCUACCCUAACGGACCGGGUAAUUUUGGUUUGUCAACAGCAAAUCGCUCCCACAAGCCUGUCACCAGCAGUGUCAGCGAUGUCAGCAAUGCAGGUCGGGACGGCCGCGGGACUGUUAGAAAGAGCUUCAACCGCUUCUCAAACUUAGCGAAGAGCGGUGUUGAAGACUUCCUUGUAGGCGCUGGAAAAGCUUCUGUUGAUGAAAAGGACAAGGUGUUUGUUGAUGAUUAUGGGAAUGGUCCGGUAUGGAGACCAAACCAACAUGAAUUCACCUGUGCUAUCUCGUCACCAAAGAAGGAGUCCAAGUUCCAUGGCAUGAAGAGCUUCAUUGCCUACACAUUGAUGCCCUCCUUCUCAUCGACUGCUGUCUCCAGGAGGUAUAAGCACUUUGACUGGAUCCAGGGCCGGCUGAGUGAAAAAUUCCCACUCAUACCUAUACCACCCUUGCCAGAGAAACAAAUAUCAGGUCGAUUUGAAGAGGACUUGAUAGAGUACAGGAUGACAAUGCUUCAGUCAUGGGUAGAUCGUAUUUGUCGUCAUCCUAUCUUGGCUCAGUGUGAAGUGUUUCAUCACUUUGUCACAUGUCCAAAUGAUGAGAAGGUUUGGAAGUCUGGCAAGCGCAAGGCUGAGAGUGACAAACUGGUGGGAGCUAACUUUUACCUUGCCAUUGAGCGGCCCGACACUCCACUUGACCUCAUGCAAACGGAAGCUAAACUGGAAGGUUACAGCCGUUUCUUCUCCAACCUUGAUGAAUCAGUCAAGCUUCUCCAGAACACCUGCAUCGACCAGACCAAGAAGCACCAGACUGCCUUCAAGAGAGAAUACAACAAGAUCUCACAUUCUUUCUCCAAACUGAGUAGAGCCUUUGACACCGACCCAUCAAACUGUGCCCCAGGACUGACUGAUGCUAUCCACCAUGUGAGCGAGGCUUAUGCUGACAUUGGCACAGUGUUUGAGGAGGAGCCCAAGCAUGAUUGGGAUCCACUGUGCCACCUCCUCUUUGAGUAUAAGGGCCUCAUAGAUGGCUUCCCCAGCGUCAUCUCAGCUGCAAAGGGUGCUAUAGCAAAGAGAAGGCAAGUGGAGAAAGAAGCAAGUGAAGGGCGGCUAGAUGACGACCAGGUUCCCCCGAUGGUGCGGAGGUCUGACACCAUUGCCUACGCCCUUCAUGCUGAGGUGGCACAUUUCCAUAAUGAACGGCAAAGGGACUUCAAGAAAGCCAUGACAUCUUUCCUUACUGAACAAAUUAACUUUUAUCAAAAGAUUACUGAUCGACUACGGGACAGUCUUCAGAAGUUUAAUGAUGUAUAGGUAAGUCCAAUUAUUAGCACCGCAUCACUACUUCACACCUAUGGAAUGUGAACCUUGUGAGAAUAGCAACAACCUUCCAUGAGAUGAUUUACGCUGAAUGUAAUUUGCAGGGCCUUUUCAUUGAUGAUGAAUGACAGUGAACAGAUGUAUUUAAUGUAGAUAUUUAAAUUGCAAGUAUAAAAAUUUUAAAUCAGAUGACUGGGACAGAGGACUGAUUACCCAUGUGACUCUUGCUCAGUAUGAUGUAGCAGAAUGAAUGAUGGGUAUCUGAAGAUGCAUUUGCUUUUGUUCAGUGAGGCUCCUGAUGGUAAAUAAGGGUGUAGCAAGGACAUUUUGAAUUAUAACCAUGGCAGACACCAAAAGUUUUACAUUGUACUUAAAUUGAAAUAAUUGGACAGCUUUUUGCGAUGCAGCAGUGAUCUCUAAACCCUACCAUGCCAGACCUCAAGACUAUGCAAGUAGUGUUUUAUACAAUGUGUGACAGAUUACAGUUCAUGGUUUUUGUUUCUGUAUUGUUGAUUGGUUCUGACUUUGAAGUGUAUGUAUUACACUUUUGUUUGCUUACCACUUCUUAGUGACACUGAUAUAUUAGACUGUGGUAUUUGCUCUUCUUUAUGUACAGUGUUAUAUAAAUUCAUGGGAGUGUAACUAGUCAGAGAGAGAGAGAGAGAGAGAGAGAGUCAAUCAGUAAGAUAAAAGCUUUUUGUGUGGGAAGGAACAAAGGUAACAAAAGUUUCAUCAAAGCUCCCCAAAACUGGAUGACCAGGAUUCAUUACAGAGCUAGAUCAUAUGUGGAUUGCCCAUGUGAAAUCCAUACUGGCAGUCAGAAGGAAGAUUAAGAGCAUAUUGACAAUUGAGGAUAGAUUUGAAAGUUUUAGAAAGACUCAAAAUCAGAACCAUAGUUUAGUAAUUUGAAUUAUUAGAGCAGUCACAUUUCUGAGGAACAGGUUGAUUGUAAUCAGACUUCCAGCAAGAAUAUGUAGUUAAACAGAGACAGAAACUCAGCCAGGGUCCUAUAAGGUCAGAAGCAUCGUUGUGAAAAACAUUAGUGAACUUCAUUAGAACCAUAAACCUUCCGAUGACAAAACCCAGAGAGGGUAUAGGAAAUGUCAUUACCGCAAAUUAUUUUAAUAGGUAUUUAGCAUGUAUUGUUGCAUUGUUUUAAGCUGAUAAUAUAAAUUCUGAUGGCAUUUGACAUUAUAUUUUGCUGUUUGAAGAAUGAUAGUAAACUCUUAUGUAGGCAUUUCAUGGACCUUUGAUUUUUAAGUUAUCUAAAUUCUCCCUCAGUUCCUCUAUGGCUUGAUUUACCACAGGUCAUCCUUUGUGAUAAGUUGGCAACUUACCAGUCUCUCUCUCUCUCUCUCUCUCUCUCUCUCUCUCUCUCUCUCUCUCUCUCUCUCUCUCUCUCUCUCUCUCUCUCUCUCUCUCUCUCUCUCUCUCUCUCUCUCUCUCUCUCUCUCUCUCUCUCUCUCUCUCUCUCUCUCUCUCUCUCUCUCUCUCUCUUGUCCUUUUCAUUUUAACACUAUUCAUCUUGUCAUUUUGUUUCUGUCUCCCACUAUGACACAACUAAUGAAACUAGCUUGCUCAAACUUCACACCUACUGGUUUAUUUCACUGUGCUCUUUUUAACUUGCUCCAGUCUCUGUACAUAAUCUUCUAUAGCCAGUAUCACACUAUUCACAAGCUACAUUACUUCUCAUACAACAUACAUUUUCCAUUGCAUGUACAUACAAGUUAAACCCUCAUACUGCAUUUCUUCCUACCUUCAUUUGUGUGUCACAUACAUGGAUCCACAUGCUCACAAGCUCACACAUCUCUUUGUUUUGUAUGUAAUUUUUCUUCUGUCUGUCUGUCUGUGUGUCUCUGUCUGUCUGUCUGUCUGUCUGUCUCUGUCUGUAUUGUUGGUGUCUGAUAGAUAUUACAUUUAAACAUAAACUUGUUAGGUUUUCAUGUUUUUUUUAUUAAUCUCACUGCAAUUUUUGGAAAUGACAUCUUGGUAGCAAUAUUCUGUCCACUUCUUUUAAUAUUUAUAAGUGCAUGUUAUAUCAAGACUUUAUAUAUAUAUAUAUAUAUAUAUAUAUAUAUAUAUAUAUAUAUAUAUAUAUAUAUAUAUAUAUAUAUAUAUAUAUAUAUAUAUAUAUAUAUAUAUAUAUAUAUAUAUAUAUGGUAAACAAGGUCCUGAUAACCAUUCAAAUCAUGAAGCCUGAUUUUGUUGUGCAUAUUAUUAUCCAAAGUCUGUUGCUUGAUAUACAUCAUCUAUUAAAUGCUUAUGAAAAUAUUAAAGGCUUGUGUUGAGGGAUGUCAUUAAGCAGUCAUGGACUCAGGACUUAACAGGGUAAUUGGUGCUCAAUGAGGCUUUGCUUAAGUUGUGGUGUUGUAGGAUAAGCAGCUCCUUUUCCACCUCCCAUGGACACACACACACACACACACACACACACACACACACACACACACACACACACACACACACACACACACACACACACACACACACACACACACACACACACAA